AUGACCUUGAUACCCACUCUACUGCUCCCUGCUGAUUCUUCCCCCGCAGAGCCAAGCACACCUCAGAGCCCCCAUCAGACACUACCUGCACCGCCUACCAUACAAGAAUCCAAGCUUCUUGACACUCCCGUGAAGCGAGGCUGCUCCAUGAUGUUGACUCACACAACCAACACACGCUAUCGGAUCCUGACCAUCAAUGCUAUGGGCAAGGAGAUGCAAGGUUUCCUUGUUGGCCCGAUGGAUGCCAAGGAUUUUCUCCAGAAGUUCCUACCGGUUACCAAGAUUCCAGACAACACCUUCACUUCUGGCGCAUUUGACAGCACAAUCUUUGCUAGAGAAGAAGCGCAGGCUUAUGAACCGUUUAUUAACACCAUGAACACAUUUGCAUCUGGUCUAUCUUUUGUUGACUCUCACCUCUACCCAGACAUGAAUAAUUGCAAAAAAUUCCCCUUCCAAGUCAAGCUGGAUGUCUGCGUAUACUCUGAUGGAACAUUGGCGGGAUGCAAUAUGGCAACCGCUGAAGUUGUUGUUGAAUUCAAGUGGUCCCGAACUCACGACACAUUUCGUGAAUGCGACAACAGAACAUCCUUUAUAUCUCAGACCGAGAAGGGCAUAGAUACCUUGGGGCAAAUUACAAGCUACACAGCAGCUCAACUUACCGCUCAAUACCGUACCCACACAUUCUCUGUGUUGAUUAUACAAGAUCAAGCACGUAUCAUCAGAUGGGACAGCGAGGGUGCUGUUGUCACUUCUCCUAUACAUUAUAACACAGAGCCACACCUAGUCGAUUUUUUUUAUCGUUACUCAAAAGCAUCUCCUGAAUUGCAUGGAGUUGAUACUUCUGUGAUGCCCGCAAGUGACGAGGAGAGUGACCGUGCCAGGCAAAGGCUCAACCUUGAUGCCAAAACACGCAUGCUCAAAGUGCAGGUCCCCGCCGAGGACUCUAGCCUCGUUGCGUUGAUAAUUCCUGCACCUGUUGCAAUGGGUCUUCUGCCUGUUGGCCGUGGUACACGCACCUGUCCUGCAUAUGAUCCCAACAAAGACAGGAUCGUCAUGUUCAAGGACUCUUGGCAGGUGUUGUUGCCCCAUAUCCUACCAGAAGGAGAAACCUACAAGCAAUUGAAGGAAGCCAAUGUUGUCAAUGUCGCAACAUGUAUCGCAUGCCACAAUGUACCCUCCAUUCCUCAACAACUCCUGCAGAGCGUCAAAUUUUCAAGCGCUGACUGGGCCUGUCCCCAUGACACACUCACUCCACACAGCCAUUACCGCCUGGUUCUUGAUGUUGUAGGCGAGGCAUUGACAAACUUUCCAAGGUCUCACCGGCUUGUUGAAGCGGUUCGGGAUGCACUGCUUGCCCACAAGGAUGCAUAUGAAAAAGCAGGCAUAUUACACAGAGACCUCAGUAUUGGCAAUAUUGUCAUGUUCCGUGGCAAGGGCAUUCUCAUUGAUUGGGACUUAGCCAAGUCGGUCUCUACAAAGGGUCCUCGACAAUCAACCCGCACGGGGACCUGGCAAUUCAUGUCAGCCUACUUGGUUCAAAACCAAAAUGCCCCACAUGUCAUCAAGGACGACCUUGAGUCCAGUCUCUACGUUGUGCUGUGGGCGGUGUUAAAGUAUUCAAGGACCCACAUGACCGACGCCCAGCGGACACUUCUCUUCAAGGAGAUCUUCGAAACUGAGGAGGUGGAGAAAACCGGAUCAUCCACGAAACAGCAUUUUCUCAUCGGAAGAACUGACCUUGCUCGCAGUCCUGUGUUCAUCGACUGCAAACCGCUCGAUGACCUUAUCGUCACACUUGCUGAGCUCUUUUCGCAUCAGUACUCUGUAGUCUCCCUUGCGUCUUGGAAGGCAUACGAGCUGUAUCAACAGAAGGAUGUAAGGUCACUCAGUCCUGAUAUAGAGCUGCUCAUGAAACUCAACCCUGCAUACACAAAGAUGGAGGAUCUAUAUGAAUUCGGAAACACAGAUAUCCUCACGAGCAGCAACUACCCCGACAGGAAAGAGACACAGGCUCAAUUCAACUAUCAGUGA